AUGGGAAGACGCAUCAUCGGUUACGCCCCAUAUGUGAACAAGAUUGUCGAGCAGUGGAACCUUCACGACAACGAUGACGAUCAGCUAUUCUACACCAAAAUAUACCUGGACUCUUUUCAGAGGGAGAAUUUGAACAUUGGUUUGGACCACAAGUCUCAGAUUUUCCAGAAUUUAAAUGGAGCAAUUGACGAGGUUCUCUUGAAGUUUGGAACGAAGAGUGCCCGAGUGAGAAACACUGUUUACGACACCCUGCCAGUGGUCAUCCAUGGCAACGCAAACACCAAAAUGUAUUUGAACUAUCUAGGAAACUACAUCCCCAACGCCUGGAACUACGAGAGAGGCUGUGGCGUCUGUGACCACAACAUGGUGGAUUUGUCUCAGCUCAAAGAGUAUCCGACUGUUAUGGUUGGAGUGUUCAUCGAACAGCCCACUCCUUUCCUCUCUCAGUUCUUCCAGAGACUUGUGACCCUCGACUACCCCAAAGAUAAACUCAACGUCUUCGUUCAUAACAACGAGGUUUACCAUGAGAGACACAUCCAGAGGUUUUGGGAGGAGAGUAAAGAUGUGUUUAACAGCUUCAAGGUUGUGGGUCCGGAGGAGAACUUGAGCCAAGGACAGGCCAGAAACAUGGGCAUGGGGCUGUGUCGUAAGGACCCAGGCUGUGACUUCUACCUCAGUAUGGAUACUGACGUGAUGCUCACCAACAGACAGACCCUGAAGAUCCUCAUCGAGCAGAACAGGAAAAUAAUUGCUCCCCUUGUCACUCGUCAUGGCAAGCUGUGGUCCAACUUCUGGGGGGCGUUGAGUCUGGAUGGUUACUAUGCCCGUUCUGAAGACUACAUCGACAUCGUGCAGAGCAAGCGUGUGGGCGUAUGGAACAUUCCCUACAUGGCUCAUAUCUACUUGAUAAAGGGAGAGGUCCUGAGAAACCAGUUGAAGGAGAGGAACCAUUUUGUUUUGGAGAAACUGGAUCCCGACAUGGCUCUGUGCAGACACGCUAGAGAACUGACCAAUCACAGAGAGAAAGACUCCCCCAACCCGGAAACAUUCCAUAUGCUCAGAGUUCCAAAGGGAAUGUUCAUGUACAUUACAAACCGUCAUGAGUUUGGAAGGCUAAUUUCCACAGCUAACUUUAACACGUCACACUACAACAGUGAUCUGUGGCAAAUAUUUGAGAAUCCAGUGGACUGGAAGGAGAAAUACAUCCACCCCAACUACACACGCAUCUUCACAGAGAACUACCUAGAAGAGCCAUGUCCAGAUGUGUUCUGGUUCCCGGUCUUCACGGAGCGGGCCUGUGAUGAGCUGGUGGAGGAGAUGGAACACUACGGGUCCUGGUCUGGAGGCAGCCACGAGGACAAGAGGAUCACCGGCGGCUAUGAGACCGUGCCGACUGAUGACAUCCACAUGAAGCAGAUCGGUUACGAUAAGGAGUGGCUACACUUCAUCAGAGAGUUCAUAUCCCCCGUCACUCUCAAAGUCUUCUCUGGAUACUACACCAAGGGCUAUGCAGUGAUGAACUUCGUAGUGAAGUACACCCCCGGCAGACAGGCCUACCUGAGACCCCAUCAUGACUCCUCCACAUUCACCAUCAACGUUGCUCUCAACAGCAAAGGAACUGACUUCCAGGGUGGCGGAUGUCGGUUCCACAGGUAUAACUGCUCCGUAGAUUCCCCUAGGAAGGGCUGGAGUUUCAUGCACCCAGGCCGUCUGACACACCUCCACGAAGGCCUGCCCACCACCAACGGAACACGCUACAUCGCUGUCUCCUUCAUCGACCCUUGAACCUUACACUCUACACUAGCAUUUUAUCAGGUUUAGUUUUUUUUUUCGUUGUUGUUUUUGUUGUUAAUUUGAUCUGGGAUUUUUUUUGUCUUAAUGAUGUUGUCAUCAUGACAUUUUACGGAUGCAAUUUACUGUACCCCCCCCCAAAAAAAAAACAUGUUUUGUUGUUGUUGAAAAGAACAAAAGACUGCAAAGAAAUUGUAGUAAAGGUCAUGCCAGAGUCAGACAAUCACCUUCAUUUGAAACUCUCUGUCAAACAGAGAACAGAGUGCCUUAACAUGAUGACUGUAAUUCACCAUCUGCAUUUCAGGUCAAAUAUAGUAGAGCCUUCAUACUUCACAUCACUCAGAGUUUAAUCAUUCUAAUCAAUUAGUCAGUUGACCAAUACUCCUAACCUACCCACAAUGAGUAAUCCUACCCACAAUCCUAAUCAAUUUGUUAGUAAUCCCACACAUAAUCCUGAACAAUUAGUUAGUAAUCCCACCCAUAAUCCCGAACAAUUAGUCACUAAUCCCACCCAUAAUUCUGAUGAAUUAGUCAGUAAUCCCACCCAUAAUCCUGAUGAAUUAGUCAGUAAUCCCACCCAUAAUUCUGAUGAAUUAGUCAGUAAUCCCACCCAUAAUCCCAAACAAUUAGUCACUAAUCCCACCCAUAAUUCUGAUGAAUUAGUCAGUAAUCCCACCCAUAAUCCUGAUGAAUUAGUCAGUAAUCCCACCCAUAAUUGUGAUGAAUUAGUCAGUAAUCCCACCCAUAAUCUAAAGGAAAUAUGUGUUAAUGGUUAUUCUGCCAACAGGCAGCUUGUUUUAACCAUUUUAGAUCGUUUACCUGUUUGUAUGGUUAACCUGUACUUUAAAGUGUAGUUUUAAAACCAUUGUCCAUCCAUGUUGUGUCCACCCAUUUUCAGAACAUUGCGUUGCAGUUUGUUACCUGAUGUUAAUACAACCGACAUGC